UUUGAGCUCUACAAGACGUUUCCCGAGUGGCAGACGCGCAAGAACAUGACGGUCGAUGAGUUCAAGGGCAUUUACUUUUGGGAGUACAGCCACCGCAUGCUCGGCCGCGUCAUUGGCCUCACCUUUGCGGGGCCGCUCGCGUACUUUCUGCUGCGGAAGCGCAUGCCCAAAGAAAUGUACGGCCGCAUGGCGUUCCUCUUUGGCCUCGGUGGCUUCCAGGGUCUCGUGGGCUGGUGGAUGGUCCGCAGUGGCCUCGAAGACGUCGACACGGCCAACCGCAAGGAGAUCCGCGUGAGCCCGUACCGCCUCGCGACGCACUUGGCGCUCGCCUUCACGACGUGUGGUCUCUUGACGUGGACAGGUCUCUCGAUCCUCAAGCCGGCCCUCCCGGAGCGCCUCAACCUCGAGCUCUUUGUCGCCGAGGAGCGCAGCCGCAACGCUCGCUUGCAGGCGGUGCUCCGCCUGCCCCGCGGGGCGCGCGUCCUGAAGCGGGUCGUCGAGUACUGCCGGCACCUCGUGUGGCGCAGCCGGUUCCUCGAUGUCGUUUGGCACCUCAAGGUCCAUCGCUUCCGUCGCGUCGCGUGGCCUGUGCUCGCUCCUCGGCUCCGCGCACGCGUCCAACACCGCCGGUUCACGGCCGUGCUGGACCAGCUCCGGUCGACGGUGCGCCACCGCUCUCUCUGCCGCGAAAUCCACGCGCGGGUCUGCCGCAUCGACGCGGCCAAGACGACGAUGGGGCGCGUCUUGCACGAGAUGCGCAUCGUCGUCAGCGACUGCACAGAAGGACCUUGGGUUCCUGCUGCUGUCAAGACCGAGACCGUCGACGAUACGACAAAGACGUCCGUUGACUGUGUCAUGGCGGCCAUGGCCUAG